AUGCAGCAAACAAUAGUACCAUCUCAGCAAACACAACAAUCUACAUCAAUAUUUGGAAAUGGGUCAAGUAUAGGCGGUUCAACUCCAGGAGGCAGUUCAGGAUCAUCACAACAAAAUGAAUUGAAGAUUAAAAGGGGUUUUAAAUUGACUCACCAAAAACUAGUGCUGGAUAUAGAUAUUGACAACAAAACUAUCGAAGGUUAUACAGAAAUUAUUAUACAGCCACAAACUAGAAGAUUAAGACAAGAAAAGAUUAGAUUAAAUUGCAGGCAGAGCGAAAUUAAACAAGUGCAGGUCAAUCAGGUUGAUACAACUUUUAAAAUGUCGAAUUAUUUAGAGACCAUUGUUGCAAACUCUGAAAUUAGAGAUAUGGAGGCAUAUCAUGCAUAUACAAAAGCAGCAUUACACUCUUCUGAUGAAGGUGAGUUAUUUAUUGAUGUUCCACCAUCUGUACAAUUUUAUGAAGGUAUUUCAAUAACUGAAUCAAACAAUAAUCAAAAGAAUAUAAUUCAAUUUUCUCCAUUAGUUUUAAAAAUUCAUUUUAAAUUAGUUAAUCCAAUAUCAGCAUUACAAUUUAUUCUUCCUGAUAAACAAAGUUACCCAUUAAGAAAACCACAUAUGUUUACACUAAGCCAACCAGAUGGAGCAAGAAUGUGGUUCCCAAGUGUAGAUCAAGUAAAUGAAAAAUGUACCUGGGAAUUAGAUUUAACAGCAAAUUCAAAUUUAGUCGUUGUUGCAACUGGACAACUCUUAGAAAAAGUUUGUAAUGAGGAUGAAACUAAAAACACAUUUAUUUAUAGACAAGAUAUACCAACUGCGGCAAAUGCUAUUGGAUUUUGUGUUGGUCCAUUUGAAAUCUAUCCAGAUCCAUAUUUGGCCAAUGUAACACAUUUUUGUUUACCACACAAGUUGACAGAACUUAAACACUCAAUUCAUUUCUUCCAUCAAAUCUAUCAGUUUUAUGAAGAGUAUUUGGGUGCAUCAUUUCCAUACAGCUCGUAUAAGCAAGUCUUUGUUGAAGAUAUUCUUCAUCAAUCAAGCUCUUAUGCAACCCUAUCCAUUUUAAAUAGUCAUUUACUUCAUGGUCCAACUAUUAUCGAUCAAACUUUUGAAACCAGAAAAAUUAUUGCAAAGGCUUUAACAAUUCAAUGGUUUGGGUUAUAUCUUUCUCCAAAAACAUGGGCGGAUGUUUGGUUAUUCUUAGGUUUAUCAGGUCAUUUAGCAAACCAAUUUACUAAAAAACACUUUGGUUUAAACGAAUACAGAUAUCAAUUGGUAAAAGAAGAGGAGUUUGUAUGUAACAUUGAUAAUGGCGCAUAUCCACCACUUUGUCACGAACAUUAUGUGCAACCAAACGAUAUGUAUACAGAAUUAGCCCAACGUAAAGCUCCACUUAUUAUAUAUAUGAUUGAAAAAAGAAUUAGUGAAGAAGGUUUCAGGAAAGUAAUUUACAAUUUAUUAAAUAUUCCAAUUUCAACACUAAUUAGUGGACAACCCGUUCAACCACACCAACAACCUCCUCAACUUCAAUUACAAAAUGGUGAUGCUAUGAAUAUUGAUGAAAACAAUAAUAAUAAUCAAAUUCAACAACAACAACAUCAACAGCAGCAACAACUACAAAUUGAAACUACAAUUCAAACAAAGAAGUUUUUGAAAUUAAUUAAAUCAAUGACUGGUCAAGAUUUAAAACAGUUUGCAGAGAAAUGGAUUUAUGGUAGAGGUUCACCAAAUUUAAUAUGUGGUUUCAAUUUCAACAGAAAGAAAUUUCAAACUGAAUUUGCAUUAAAACAAGUUUUAAAUAGACCAGAAGAUAAAAUAUCAAGCUCUCUUAUGAUCCGUAUCACCGAAUUGGAGGGUUCUUUUGAACAGGUUAUUAAUUUUGAAGAUGAUAUGUUUGAAUACGAUUUUCCAUGCCACUCAAGAUGUAGAAAAACAAAGAAAAAGAAACUUUUAUCUGAAGAUGGUGAAGAGAUGGAAAUUGAUUUAUCACAAAAAAGAGAAACCCCAUUAUUAUGGUUUAGAAUUGACCCAGAUCUAGAAUGGAUUCAUAAAAUUACUUUUAGACAACCCGAAUAUAUGUGGAUUCAUCAAUUGGAAUUAGAUAAAGAUGUCAUUGCUCAAAUCGAAGCUAUCAAAGGUUUAAAAGAUUUCGUUAGUCAUAAUUCAGUUCGUGCAGUUUUUAAAUUUAUUCAAAACACUCGUUUCUUUUAUAGAGUCCGUUGUGAUGCAACAUUACUUUUAUCCAGACUAUCUACCAAAGAAACAAAUUUCGAAGGCUUAAAUGUUUUGGUUUCAUACUUUAAAAAUUUAUUCUAUGACCCUGACAGUAAUCAAUUAAGAUCAAAUAAUUUUAAAGAUUUCAAUUCAUAUUUUAUUCAAAAAGCCAUUCCACUUUCAAUUUCGUUAAUCAAAGAUAAAGAAGGUAGAACUCCACUAGAAUGCAUAGAGUUUUUAUUAGAACUAUUGAAAGAUAAUGACAAUUCACUAAAUACUUAUUCUGAUUGUUAUUAUUUAGAAACUUUAUUAAUUUCACUUUCAAAUAUUCACACAACAAAUGAACAAUUAAUUAAAAAAAUUAGAAAGCAAGUUUCAAGAUAUCUUAAAUAUGACCAAUUAUAUCCAUCAUAUAGAAAUUGUGUAACAGCAGGUUGUUUAAGAGCAUUUUGUCAACUGGAAUCACAAAAGCCAAAAGAUCAAUUUGACUUUUCAUUAUUUAAGGAAUAUUCAACAUACUCUCACUUUGAAGAGAUUAGAAAAAUAUCAUUACAAUGUAUUUAUAGGUUAGCAUAUCAAUUCCAAAAAUCGCCAGGUACUGGUUCAAUUAAUGACUACUUUUUAGAUCUCUUCGAUAAUGAAAACACUAUAAUGAUCAAGCAUUUCAUUAUUGAUAUGAUAUCAUCUCCACCUCCAAAUUUAGACGAAGCCAAAUAUAUCUCAAUUUUUAGGGACGAUUUAAGACUAAUCGACCGUCUAUGGUCUUAUUUAAACUCUAAAGUUACCGCCUAUGACUUUUUGCUUAAAUUUAAAAUUCAAAAACUUUACAAAUUUUUAUGGGGUAAAAAUACACCAGCUGCUUUCCACAAAAAAUUAAAACAAAUUAAACAAUCCAGCACAGUAAUUAAAUUAAAACCAAGUAGUAGUAGUUCUAAAAGAGAUUCUUAUGGCAGUAGUAGACAUCAUAGAGGUAGUGGCAGCAGUAGUAGCAGCAGUAGUAGCAGCAGCAAAAAGAGAAAAAAUGAUGAUUUAUUGCCUAACAAUAAUUUGGGUAGUACUGAUCAACCAUUAAAGAUUCACGUUAAAGAUUUUAAUGCUCAACCAAAUCAAUCAAUUGUAUCCUCAAACUUACCAACAAACUCAUCAUCCCAUCACCCAUCAACUACAAUUACUUUGGGUAGCUCAAAUGUACAUUCUGAAAAAGAUAAAGAUAAAGAUAAUUUCCUAGUUCCAGAAUCAAAACAAGAUAUAAUAUUUAAGAAACUUUUAGAGAAAGAUAAUGAUCCAGAUCUUAAAGACUUUUUAGAAAUUCAAGAUAAAGAAAGAAAACAUAGAGAACGUGGUGGUGAUAGAAAAAAUCGUCAUAGUACAGGUGGAAAUAAUAAUUUAAAUAAUAAUGCAAGUGGUAAUAUUAGCGUCAAUAAUAUGAAUAUUAAUAAUAAUGGCAAUAUUGAAACCACAACUACAACAAAUUCAGAAUCACCAUUUAAAGAAGAUCGUAACAAUCGUAGUACUGAAGUUUCACCAUUCAAAGAUAAAUUAAAUGUCGAUUCAACAACCACAUUUAUUCCUUCACGUGAAAAAAUUCUUUUAGAAGAUGGUGUAGAAAUUGAUUUAGAUUUAGAGAAUGAUAUCGAAUUUAAAAAAGAUUUAAGCUUAUUAGAAGAUAUUGAAAAUCAAGUUGCAAAUAAAGAGAAAAGAGAUAAAUUUAAAUCAACUUCCUCCUCUUCAAGAGAUCAUCACCACCAUAGCAGCCACCAUAGAAGCGAGCAUAGAGACCAUAGUAGAGAUUCAGAUCACCACAAUAGAGACUCUUCCCAUAGAAAAGAUAGAGAAUCCUCACACAGAGGCAGCGACCAUUCUAAUGGUACAGCUAGUAUAGUUAGUAAUGGUAAUGGAAGUAGUAGAGACCAUCAUCGUGAUAAAGACCACCACAGAGAGUCUCAUAGAGAACAUCGAUCUUCUGAAAGGGAGCAUCGUUCAGAUAGAAGCAAAGAGCAUCGUAGUGAUAGAGAUAAAGAACACCGUAGUGAUAGAGAUAAAGAACAUCGUAGCGAUAGAGACAAAGAACAUCGUAGUGAAAGAGAAAAAGACCAACACCGUUCAGAUAGAAAUAAAGAACAUCGUAGUGGUGAAAGAGAUAAAGAACAUCGUAGUGAUAGGGAUAAAGAACAUCGUAGCGAUAGAGAUAAAGAACAUCGUAGUGAAAGAGAAAAAGAUCAACAUAGAGAGGCUCGUACUAGCAUUGGUGAAAGGGAAAAGGACCAAAAUAGAGACCACAGAGAAAAAGAUCAAAAUAGGGAUCACAAAGAAAAAGAAGUUAAAGAACCAAUAAAAGAAAUUGUAAAAGAACAAAUCCAACCACCUACACAACCCCAACCACCUGCACAACCCCAACCACCAACACAAAUUAAAGAAAAAGAUAAAGAAAAAGAAAAGGAAAAAUCUAAAGAUAGGGAAAAACAUGAAAGAGAAAGAGAAAAAGAUAAAGAAAAAGAAAAAGAGAAAGAAAAAGAAAAAGAGAAAGAAAAAGAAAAAGGAAAAGAAAGAGAUAAAGAAAGAGAUAAAGAAAGAGAUAAAGAAAGAGAUAAAGAAAGGGAUAAAGGAAAAGAAAGAGAAAGAGAAAGAGAGAGAGAAAGAGAAAGAGAAAGAGAGAGAGAGAGAAGAGAGAAAGAGAAAGAGAAAGAAAAAGAGAAAGAAAAAGAGAAAGAGAAAGAGAAAGAGAAAGAAAAAGAAAAAGAAAAAGAAAAAGAAAAAGAAAAAGAAAAAGAAAAAGAAAAAGAAAAAGAAAAAGCGGACCAACAUUUACCAUUCCCACCAUCAUCAACUAUUAAUGCAGGUGAUACAGUUGGCGAGAGUAUGGAGGUCGAUAUUUUAGAUGACCAUACACCACUUCCUUCAACCCUAACAUCAUCAAUAUCUUCCAAUUCAAACUCAUCAAGUAAUAAACGUGGUCAAAUUAAAUUCAAAAUGUCAAAUCCACCAGAAUCUGGUUCAAGUUUAAACUCAAGUUCGAAUUCCAUUACAUCGCCAUCAGGCUCAUCAAAGAAAAGUAAAUCAUCAAACAAAAGCAAAUCUAAACAACAACACCAUGAAACAGAGGAGCAUAAUAUAACGACUUCACAUCCAACCCCACCACCACCAACUAAACAAGAACCACCCUUACCAAAUGAACUUAAACCAACUGAAGCUGGUAAACCCGCUGCUAAAUUAGUAAUUAAAAUUCCAUUUAAACCACCAGCACAGGUAACUGAAAAGCCAACACCAACUGAAAAAUCAACACCCGAAAAUGCUGAAGCCGAAAAGCCAAAGAAAAUGAUUUUAAAAUUCAAUUUUAAUAAGAAAUAA